GCAACCGAAAUCAAUUGUGAAACCAGAAUUGCCUUACCCUAACAACCCUUUUGGUGAAUCGUAAUUUCACAAGGAUUCAACAAUCAUGCUUCUGGGUGAAACUUCUCUCCUCGAGACAUACUACGAGAUUCUCUCCGUCAAAGAAGAUGCGAGCUAUGACCAAAUCCGCAACAGCUACCGAUCCGCCAUCCUCCACUCACACCCAGACAAGCUAAGCAGCUCUCGUUGCAGCUCAGACGAAACGUUUCUCAAGAUCCAAAAGGCGUGGCAAGUCCUAAGCGAUGCAGAGCUACGCGUGGUUUACGACAACGACCUUCGGUCUUCGAGACAGGACGGAGGAACCACUGCUGAUGAGAUUAGCAUAGAGGAUAUGUCGGUGGAGAUCACUGGAGAAGAAGACGUGGAGAUUUUUUAUCAGUGUAGGUGUGGUGAUUACUUCUGUGUUGAUUCCUCUGAGCUUGAAACGAUGGGGUUUGAGUUGUUGAGAGACGGUGGUUGUGUUCGAGUUAGGAGAUUGGGUGCUUCUCUGGCGUCUGUGGUUCUUCCUUGUGGGUCUUGUUCUUUGAAAACAAGAGUUUGGGUUGAUUCUGAUAUGAAGAUUCCUUUCCAGGAUGAUUUAGAUAAUUUAGGAAUCUUAUCUUAGAGGUGAACUCCCUCUGCUUGAGGAUGAUCUUUGAAUGUGUGGAUACAUUCUUUUAGGAGAAGUGGUCUUACCAAUGUGAUUUUGGUUGGUUCAAGAUUCGGACACUCUUCCACAAGCUUGUUUCUUUUGUGACUUGUGUGUACCUCAUUUUUAUAUUAGCUGGAGAGCUUUUAGUUCUGUAAGAAUCUUAAAACUUUAAUGGGAAACAAAAGGGGCAUUUGGAUUUUCAGUCCUGUCUCGUUUUUUUUUUAAUUUC